CUGUCUGCUGUGGUCUUGGAUGCGUCGGGCAAGCUUGUGUUAAAAAUCGAAUCUAAGUGUUCCAAGUAGAAAAUUAGAAAUUCAUAAUUACCGCUCGAUAAAUACAUGCCUUUGUGUUUUGUGAAAAUUUGAUAAUUUAAUUUUCUUACAUGCAAUAGUGUAGUGUGUGUUGAAUUUGUUUUAUCCUUAAAAGCUAGGAUCAGGUGAGGCGGUCAUGCUUGUCAAAUAAUAGAAAAUGAUGAAUGAAUAAGUAGAAGCGAGAUACUUAAAAUUAUCCCUGAACAAUUAACGGAUGUGUUUUACUAGUGGUUUAGUGCAAUAAUGCUUCCUUCAAUAUGAAGGAGAUUAUGAAGGAGAUGGUUGGAGGUUGCUGUGUGUGCUCGGACGAGCGAGGUUGGCCCGACAACCCGCUGGUGUACUGUGACGGGAACGGAUGUACGGUUGCAGUGCAUCAAGCCUGCUAUGGAAUUAUUGCUGUGCCAACUGGACCAUGGUACUGCAGGAAAUGUGAGAGUCCAGAGACCAAAGGCAAAGUCAGAUGCGAGCUUUGCCCUUCCAAAUCCGGUGCUCUGAAGCGCUCGGACACGGGCGGCUGGGCCCACGUGGUCUGCGCUCUCUACAUCCCUGAAGUCAGGUUCGGCAACGUCACUUCCAUGGAGCCGAUAGUGCUGCGACUCAUACCUCCAGAACGUUUCAAUAAGACAUGCUACAUUUGUCAAGACUUGGGCAAAACCCAUCGCGCCAACGCCGGCGCCUGUAUGCAGUGUAACAAAUCUGGAUGCAAACAGCAGUUCCACGUGACCUGCGCCCAGAGCCUGGGCUUGCUGUGCGAGGAAGCUGGCAACUAUCUCGACAACGUCAAAUACUGUGGCUACUGUCAACACCACUACAGUAAACUGAAAAAGGGCGGUAACGUGAAGACGAUCCCGCCGUACAAGCCAGUGUCGCACGACAGCCAUUCGGAUGACUCGAGCGAGCGGGACGGCGACGCGUCCCCGGCCGCCGGCGGCGCCACUCCUACUCACAUGGCCAAAGCUAAAGGGCCAGGACGAAAGGGCUCACAUUCGGGCAAUGCCGCUUCGGGCAAAAACACGCCGAGUUCAACUAAAAAUCCAAAUAAUACAACCCAACCUAUGGAUAAGAAGAAGCCAUCUCCGUCGCGGCGCGGCUCGGUGGCAGGCGACGGCGGCGGCAGUAAGUCGCACACGCCCGCGCCCUCUCCGCAGCACUACGCUGACAAUGCCGUGCAAGGCUCCUCAGCUAAAGCACCAGGCGGCUCAACGCCGACCUCAAAGAUCCCUCUGCCGCCGAAUUCUCCGACACAUUCUGUCAAGCCUCCGGAGACAGUCGGCGUCAUCAGUUCCGUAGCUUCGGCCGCCGCUUCCAUCGCAGCUGCACCCGUGCUGCAAACCACACCAAGCACCACGUCGGUAGUACAAACAGUAACCUCCAAGUCCGUGUACCAAGAGUCUGUGAUAACAAACACCGAGGCGAUGGACACCAAGCAGACCAAGAAGCGGAAGGCAGUCAACGCCAGCAAUAUGGCGAUGCAGGCCGCCGAGUACGCCGCCAACACGCCGCCCACAACGUCGACAGAAACCAGCGCUCAGAGCGGUAAUGCCUCCUGGGACCACUCUUCAGCUCAUGGUGUUACUGAUACCAAUGUAGAGGAGAAGAUUAUUAAGAAGGCCAAAACGGACAUGGCGGAAGGUCCGCCCGCCCCCGGCCACUUCUCCAGCGUGAGUCCGGUGGCGCCGCCGCCGCCGCCGCCGCCGGCCUACAGCCCCGCCUCGCAGCCGAGCCCCAGACAUCUACCGAGCCCAAUGCCAGGGCCGAGUGGGCUCAAUCAAGUGUCUAACAUUCGGUCGCCGUCACAUUUGCAGGGCAAGGAGCGGGAGGUGCCCGCGUCGCUGCUCGUGUCGGUGCCCUUGCCGCCCACCGGGCACAGCCUCACCCUGUCCGCGUCCGCGCCCUCGCCCGCCCAUGCGCCCGCCCACGCGCCCGCUCACGCGCCCGCCCACGCGCCCGCUCACGCGUCUGCCCUCACCCCGACUGCACAGGUUUAUUAUCGCAUCCCGCUGCCGCCAGAGAUCGCCGGGCCCUCACCACACAUUUUCCACCAGCCUCUUAAACAGGCGGCCGUGGAUCCGAGUCACUCCCCGCACAGUGUGGGCGCGCGCGGCGCUUGGGGCGGACUGAACGUGGCCUACGAACUUCAGGACACCAACAAGCCGAGUGUAAGUGGAAUAGCCGGGAAGAGUAAAGACGCCACUUUAGCAGCCAACCUGCAGUCGAUGCCGCCCGGCAUGCGUAACAAGAAGCGAGCAGCGAUGGCCACCGCCUCUGUGGUCUCUAUGGCCACGCCGCCACCUAUGCAAGCGACUCACGCGCUGGCAAGUGUUCGCCGUCCGCCGCAGCCGACGCCGCCGCCUAUGUACCAGGAGACCAUCAAGGAUUCACCGCCUGGCUCGCCUGGUUGUGAACGGGCGUUGAAGCCGAAAAUGGAAUAUAGGGCGGGUGGCAGCUGCACGGCGCCGCACAUGCUGGGCAACGAGCUGAACCUGGAGAGCGGUGCGGCGGCGCGCCUGCAGGAGCAGCUGGCAGCCGAGCUGGCCGCGCACGCUGCCGGCACCUCCGCUCCCGACGCGCUCGUGCCGCCGCCGCUGAUCAACAAGGCCGCACCCAGCACGAUCACGGGCAGUAGUCGCAGCAGCUCGAGCGCACAGAGUCUCGACCAGCUCCUGGAGAGACAGUGGGAGCAAGGGUCGCAGUUCCUCAUGGAGCAAGCGCAGCACUUCGAUAUAGCGUCGCUGCUGUCGUGCCUGCACCAGCUGCGCACCGAGAAUGUGCGCCUCGAGGAGCACGUGGGCAACUUGCUGCAGCGGCGCGACCACCUGCUCGCCGUCAACGCGCGCCUCGCCAUCCCGCUCACUGCAGUGGUGGGCGGGCCGGGCGAGCCGCCCCGAUGCUCGCGCGAGAACGGCGCGUCGCUGCGAGCGCCGCCGCCGCCCGUGCGUACCGAGACCGUCACCUCGGACCGACCGCAGCUCAUCAUGCGCGAGGCGGGCGCGGGCAAGGGUGGGCCCAGCUGAAAUGAGCCGGGCGGCGGGGGCGCCGGCGGCAGCGGGGAGGCGCCCCCCGCGCGCGCGCAGCUCGCGGCGGGACAGGCCCGGCGCCGGCGCCCGGACUUCUCCAUCGACGCGAUUCUCAGCUGCGACCGCUAGGCGAGCACGCCUUAGUACCACUGUUACUGUACACUCGUAUAACACCAUCCACUUGUUACUGCUUUAUAGAUAUUCCGUUUUUUUUUUUCUUUUUAUAAUGAUCACGCAGGUUUUAAAUUAUGUUUUUUUUUUGUUUUAAAAAUGCACGCUAUCAUUACGCCCAUUUUAUCUUUUUAUUAUUUUUAUUUAUUGUUUAAAAAUUAUCUUAAAAUGGGGAUGAUGACUAACUAGGUUUGAAUAUAUUGAUUUUUAUGAUAUAUUCGGGUAAAUAUGGUUAAUGUUAACUAAUUUAUAUAUAAAAAGAAAAGAUUGUCUGGAUAUUUGCAAAAUAAAUGAGAUUAUAAAAUUUCAAAAUCUAUUGAAAAUUUUUAUCGUAAUUAGUUGAAAAUUCUUUUUUUAGCUUCCUUACACUAAAUGUGACAUUUUUAAAUAUAUGAACUAUAAACAAAUCUGACCCUGAGAGUAAUGAUCGCAGAUACCCUGUUCCUUUUACAUAAUUGCUUCACUAUUAGCAUAAUCUUAAUUUAUAUACAAUUUAAAAAACUGACUAAGAUCAUCCCUAUUGUUUUAAAGUUGUCAUUUUAUUGAAUUUUUUUUAAAGUUUUAUAAAAUUCACUGAAUUUUAUUUUAUUUUGGUAUCAAAAUAUUAGUUUUAUUGCGCGUACAAUCAAUAGGUUUUGCUUGUUUACUAAAUUAUUUAUGUAAUAUUCACACUUUUUUAACUCGCCACAUAUAAUAUAUUGUUUGAAUUUUAAUGCCAUUUUUAAUCUUUCAGUUCUUUGUUUUAAAAUAAUCUUAAAAUUGUUUUAAAGUUGACAUUUUAAUGAUUUUAUUUUUUAAGUUAUAUAAAAUUUACAGGAUUGAUACAUUAUUUUUGGUAUCAAAACGUUACUUUUAUUGCUUUAAGCUCAACGAACAACAGUUUUUGCUUGUUUACAACUUCUUUAUACAACAUUGAAAUUUUUUGUUUCAACUCACCUCGUACAAUAAAUUGUUCGAAUUUUAUUUGCAACGUAUAUAAUUUUUAAGUUAAAUAUUUAUAUAUCUAGUUCAAAGCUUCAUUUAAAGUGUGAGCUAAAUAAUUUAUUCACCAUUUCAACUGUUGAAUUAAUAUUUCCUAAAUGUAAUUAUAUAUACGAUAUAAAUAAUAGAGACAAUCACGUCGCAAGUUGAGAAUCCUUUGUAGUGUAGUAAAGUCGAUAUGCUUUUAAAUAGUUGUAGUUUUAGUCAUAGAUUUUAAAUCGUGGAUGCACCCUACGCCUCGUGAACGUUACUUGAUUUUCUUUUAUAGGAAUAUUUAUUGUUCACGUUUCUUUAAAACAAGAUAUUAUUGGCCACCCUUUACCGUCGAGAUGUUAUUAAAAUGGAAACACAGUCAUAUAGAAAAUUUCACUUACAAACUGUCCACAUUUGUGUUUUAGUAGUUUUAGAAUAGUUAAAUUAAAUUAAAUCUAAAUAUCUUAAAGUUCAAAAUUAAUGCAGUUUCCAAUAAAACCGCAAAUUCAGAGCAAAAUCACCCUCAGACAGAUCAAAAUGAUUUGUCAAAGGUUGAAUUUAUUUGCAAAUUCAACCUUUGACAAAUCCUACUUAAAAGUCCACCCAAAAGUUGAUCUUGGCACUCAUUGAUUAAUAUUUGGAAAAACUUUAGUCAGAAGCAUUGACCUCUUAUAAUAAAAGGACGCACAAUCAUGUAGAAAAUUUCAUUUAAAAACUGGCCAAUUUUGCUUUGACAGUUUAAGAAUUAUUGGUAAAAAAAAUUAUACCUAAAGGUCUUUAAAUAUAGUUUAAUAUUCAAUAAAAUCCUAAAUUCAGAGAAAAUUUAACGUUUAUCAUUGAGUUUAAGGUUGAAUUUGCAAAUGCGACUACUUCAAUUGAGUGCCAAGAAGUUUUAUUUGGUACUUAUUGAGUGGGGCCAUUUUUUGGUCGCUGAUUGUGCGUCCACUUUUUAAUAGGAGGUCGAUGGUCAGAAGUUAGUAUUUAUGAUGAGUGGAGAUCAAUUUUAACUAAUUACAAGUGAGUUUAAAGUUUAGAUAUUCAUUUAAAUCAUUGCUCUGUAGUUUCGUAUUUUUACAAUGCCAAGCUUCUAGUUUCUGCGAGGAUGUAUCUAUGGAUGGUAAAGCGACGGUCGACGCCGCAGUAGACUAUAGACUCAGCCUAGAUUAUAGACGUUUUAGUGCAUAAGAUACGUUUAAACUUCAAAAUUUUAAAACACUAUUAGUAUUUAGCAAGUUUUAUAGUAGUUACGAUUACUGGUGGUUAUUUUUUAUUUUUAGAAAUAAUAGAAAAUGUGUUUGUAGGAUUUUAUUGUGAAUGCUAUCCUAUUGAACCGCUGUAAAGAUUUGCACAUUGCAACAUUAUGUUUCUAAAGAUUUAUAAUAAAUGAUUCAUUAGUUUUAAACAUAGUAAGACUGUUUUAUAGUUUUACAAACAAAAUUUUAUAUAAUUGAAUAUUGAAUCAUUUUGCCUUUAACGACAAAUUCAGACAAACAAAACGUUAUUACAAUCUCAACAUGUAUUAUAAUAUUAAUCUAUUUAUAUUGAUUUAAUUGUGAGCCAGCUUUUUAGCAAUAAUCGGUCAAAUUUGUUAUUUAAGGCUUGACUGUAAUGGCCAGUUGACUUGAAUCAAAUGAAAAAAAUAUAUAUUAAAUUGACUCGAGCACCUCGUUGUAUACUUGUAACUUCAUCAUACAAUAUUAAAUCAAUUAUUUUGUCAAUUGACAACUUGAUGCUAAACAUUCAGUUUGUCAGAAAGAAAAAAAAUAUAUAAGAGAAAUAGACAUGUGCCUAAGAUAUGCAAAUUUCGAGCACCGGUUAUUCGGCUGGUAGAAUUUGAAUACAGUAAAAAGCCCAAAUAUAUUUAAUAACCAAAAUAUAUAUUGUAAUGGUAAGGUAAGGAAAUGAGCAUACGUCAUUUCUAUUUUAUGACUUUUAAAAAUAAUUUGUAGAGAAUAUAUUUCUCUCUAGAUGUCAUCCAAAGAUAUGGAAAAUAACGAUUACUAUUGUUAGCAAACUAUUUAGCGUGUAAGUCGAUACGAAUAAUAAUAUGAUGUUUCACGGAUUUGGAAUUUAAAUCAUGACAUAUUUAUUGUAUCUGUGGCUAUUUCCUUUAGCACGGCUAACUAAUUUGUUGUGAAUAUACUGAAACAAUUUUACAAUCUGCUUUUUAGUAAAUAAAAGAGGUAGAUUUAAUGUUUUUUCAAAUAUUCGAAACUAUAUUACGACGUCGUUAAAGUAUUCUCGAUCAAUAUUGGAGAGUACUUGACAGUCGAUAAUAAAGACAAUUAUUACAAAUAAAACGAAACUGUUAAAGGAAAUGGCACAUGGAUGCACUUUAACACGGAUUUUACAUUAUCUAUGAAUGAACAUGGGACACUUUAAUUGCUAAUUGGAAAAUUAAAAUUGAUUCAGAUACGCAGGCAACAGAACGAUAGUGUACGUUAUUUGGCUGAGGAAUGAUGUUACGAAUGCUUCGCUCGUAGAAUAAAACUAAAUUGAUAUUUAAAACGUAUAUCCAUCUCUUUAUAACUCACAUAUAAUGAAGUGAGAGUGAUAUAAGUCUUAAAAAUCAUUUUUUUUUCUUGCAAAACGGUCGUUGAGAUGAAUUAUAAUUAGAAAGGAACUCUUUGCGGUAUUUAAAGAUUUGAUGGUAAUGUUUUAAACAGUACUCGUUUUGUGAAUCGCUAAUGAUUGUUGGGAAUUGGUUGACGACAUUGUUUUGAUGCGGGGGCUAGAGGAAAAUGUAAGCGAGACCGAUUUCAAUUAAAAAAUAAAUAAAUAAACAGGCUUGACGUUUCGUAGCCUAUUGAACGACGUCGCCGUUAAUAGUUGAAACUGGCUCGGUAGGGCUUCUUUCGAAUUUUAGGCUGAGUGUAAGUUUUUAAGUAAACGAAUUCGUCAUUUUGACUGUCAGCGUGGAAGGUUGAAUAUGGUAACUUGAGCCCCAUACGACCUUAACUCUGUGUCUUAUCGAUUCGUUUACUUGCGAACUUGCAGUCGAGUUUCAGGAGCCCCGUUGAAAGUCUUAUGUCUUUAGUCUAAGUUUUGAUGUUAGUUGGAAUAUGUUUAUUUAUUGAUGUCAUGUAAUAUCUAAAUGUGUUGAUGUCGCUCUGUGUGAUUACAGUUUAUAAUGGUAAUCUUUAGUAAAUGUUAUUGGCUCAUCGUACAAAGACAUGGCUGUAUAAGAACGAAUCUAGCAUUGUUUUCAUUUUGUUGCAAAUAAUAAAUAUUUCUUUUACGAAUUUAAAUUAGUUCGGCGUACACUUCUUGAAUUUAUUUACUCAUUAUUAGUAGAUUAUGAAUUGAAUGAUACGGGUUAUUAAAAUACGAAUGCAUUGUAAAACGCAUGCGAACAAACAUGUUAUUAUGAUUUAUUUUUUUCAUUUAAUUAUGGAAGUUUUAUGACAUGCGACUGUUAAGGAAAAUUUUAACACAGAUUCUGGCUUCUUAUAUGGCUAUGUUGAUUUGAUAUCGUGUCCUCGGUGUGCCUCGAUGGUAUAUUAUCAAGUUUUGCAUCGAUGUUCUAUAUCCACACUGCGUUCUACGAAUUUGGACAUCUGUCUGUCCGUCACUACAGUAUAGUGCCAUAAACUUUUCUGACUCGGUCCAAAACUGGAAAGUUGCAGCGAUCACGUCUUUGUGACGCGACAACAGCUACACCAUCACUGAGCCAGAGUGCCACAAGUUUGUAUAGCUUGGCAAAUUCGUUCGUAACACUCCAGAUGGUCCCCCCGUCGCCCGCAUAUCAUGAGAGUGUCAUCAACGAUCUUGCCAAGCUAUAGCACUACGUGAUAACGGAUGACUAUUCAGCAAACGGUUGCUUUGACGAACCACCAAAUUCGUAUAAAGGCAAAAACUUAUGUUCUUUAGGGUGCUACUCCACCAGAGAUGUGCUAUGCAGCUAUGCUGCGAAGAUGUAAAAUCUGCUCUACGAAAAUACGUGACCGUUUCCACCAAUACUAAGCUAUAUAGCUGUGCGAGAAAGAUGCGCUGCUCAAGCUACGAGUAUGCGAUGACGGCCCAUAGCACACAUCCUUGCAUAUAAAAAACAUAUCUUAGUUGAAUACGUUUCCACCAGUGCUAAGCUAUGUGCACCAAUGAAUAUGAUUGGUGGAUAUCAAACGCAUCCAUAGCAACGUAGCGUAGCACAUCUCUGGUGGAAAAGCACCCCGGCUACGGCUGUACCGCAGCGUCCGCGGUGGCGUGCUCGGCAAUCAGAUGCAGGGACCGAUCCGGCAAUUUAAAAGAAAAGAUAAAUUUUACCGCCUUUUACAUAGGCAAAAAAACUUUUUUUUAUUAUUAUAUUAGUAUAUUUACAGAAUAGUAUAGUUUUUGAGUUCGUUAUGUAAAAAUAAUAAACUACUUGAAUAUCUGUUUUGAAUAAUGGAAUAAGUCAAUUUUGUCUUACUUCAAUUUUGCCGCUCUGGGCGAAAGCACCGCUUGCCCCUCCCCCCCCCCCUGGAUCGGGCCCCAAUAAGAUGUGUUGUAUGAAAUCAGAAGACGCGUCGAUGUGAACACGUCGCUACAAGUUCUACGCGAUCUGGACGCCGCGGUUAGGCCGUACCACUCAUUCAAUAUACCCGCUCCAUUAUACAAGAUUCUAUUUGGUGUUUUCAACACUUCGCGUACUUUCUGUCGAGUUUGAAUGAGAACGUUCAAUGUUAAAAAUUUAUUGCGUGUACAUGGGCGUAGCGAAGAGGAAUCGGGAAGGGGCUACAGCUGCCCCUGUUACUUAAACUGAAAAACUGAAAAACUGGAAACUGAGGCUAAAGCCGAAAUUCGGUUUGGGUUUCUACCGCAAAAAUUAUGGUAUGGUCGGACAGUAUCAAUUUGUAAUGUGAGAUACUCAAUUUAAAGUAUGCUACGCCCAUGUGCGUGUAUAUGUUUACUUUGUGGGCGUUAACACGAUUGAAUUCAUACUUGAGCCUGCCUGUAGUAUCAAAUAGAAUAUUGUAUGAUGGACCGAGCACUAUUAAUGUUAUAACAUGUGUAAUCAAUGUCGAUGUUAAAGUUAGUCGAUGUUUUUAAUUACUUGGUGUCUUUAAUUAUAACUGCCUCUCUCUGAAGUGUCUGUCAUUGCAGACUUGAUUCUUACCUGUCACAUGAAACAAUGUUCAAUGUCUACUACAUACCUAUACUUUUUUUAUUAUUGCUAAUGGAAAGGUAUGUCAAUGUAAAAUCAAUCUAAUGUUCAUUGUUUUAAAGGUCAACUUUUAUAACAGCAGCAGUUAAUGCGGAAUAUAAGACUUUGAAGCAAGAAAUAUAAGAUUUAUUUUACAAAAAAAAAAUACAGGGUGAUUCGGACUUUAGUGCGGAUAUUUUUUUUCGUGGUUCCGUAUCAUUAAUUGAACAUAAAUCUACAAACAGUUAGAUACAUUUUAUGUAUAUUUUUUUUCAAUUUAUGUCUCAGAAAUAACAAAAUAAUGGACACAUUACCAAACAAACUGCGCAACUGCUGGCGGCACUUUGUAAGACGCCGACAAAGCCGUCGCGUGCGCAUUUAAGUCGAAUCACACGUGGUACCGCAAAACCACCUACCUAGUAACCUAGUACCUACCAGCUGAUUUUGUAGUUGCCUAUUACCUAGUACAGCGAUAGGGUGACCCUCAAAUUUUGUUUAAACGUAAAUAACUUUAGCUAACGAUAACUUUGUUAUUUUUGAGUUAAAAAAAAAAGAAAAAAUACGUGAUCAUUAAAUUUUGUUUAUGUACAAAAUAUAAAAAUAUCCGUACUAAAAAAAAAUUCUUCCUGUAUAAAUCCAAUUGUAUUUCCCUCUUUUAUUAAAAGAUUAUGAAAAAAAAUUCAAAUUGUCACUAUCGUACCGGUUAGUGUUUUACUACCUUUCGCUUUCGACACACAUAUUAAAUUAAAUAAUGUUAAAAAGUAUACAAUUUUGUAAUAGAUUAUAUCUGCAUGCAGUUGUAUCUUUAUAUAAAUGUUCUUAGGGAUAUAUGACACGUUAAUCGUAAGAGGAUAUAUGUUUAUAUUAUGUUAGUCGUAAGAACUAUACUAUCGAUGUGAUCUCACUCCGUUCGAGACUUUGCUUUUUAUCUUGUUUUUCUAUAUAAAUACUAAACUCAAAAUUAAAUUAACUUCAUAUUGUAAGGAUAACUUGCAUACAUAAGAAUUUAAACGCCAGGGUCGCUUUACCUUAGUAUUGGCCGCUUUUGCCUUAUUUAAAACAGCCAAUCACUCUGCACUGACCUCUUUCCUCUCUGUUAGAUGAAAGAGACUGGGCUUAGGCCAUGUACCAUUACAACGCUUCGAUGCGAGUCAAAUAUUGUUGAUAAUUACUAAAUUGUAAUUCUAAAUUCUAUUUAUUUAACUAUUGCCGUCCAUGUUUUAAAUCGUUUUUUUUUUAUUAAUGUAUCGUGGCCGGAACUUACGGCUUUCCGUCUCCGGACUGACACUAAAAAAUUUUUUAAAUAAUAUUUUGAUAUUGUUAGAUUAUCUUAACCCAUAAAGUAUCAUGAUCCAAAAGCGAACCACUGACGUAUCAGUCCAUGACAGUUAAAAUCUAUACUAAUAUUAUAAAGCUGAAGAGUUUGUUUGUUUGAUUGAACGCGCUAAUCUCAGGAACUAAUAGUCCGAUUUGAAAAAUUAUUUCAGUGUGAGGAAGGCUAUUGCAGCUAAAGCACGGGAACAAGAACCACGCGGGAUCUAAAAUAUAAAUAUAAAUAACAAAAUACAACUUGGCUUGAGAAAUUAUUUCUUAUUACACCGAACCUUGGUAAAUAUAUGUAUUAUACAAGAUAUUUAAUCUUGCCGUGACUAACACUAUUACAACCCUGGCGUUACCGAGACUAAGCUAAAAAUGCAAUCAAUUAAUCAAUCAAUCAAUUUAUUUAUUUGCAGAUACAUGCAUUAUAUUUAUACAGGUAUGCAUGCAUAGGUAUACUUCUGAAUACACUCAGUUAUUCUUACAAUUAUUAUAUUUACUUACUGUGUAGAAUAUUAACAGAAAAAUGAAACGCGGUGUGUAAAUGAGAUACCUGUGUUUUACUGGUAAUUUUGGCAAUAUUGUAAAUUAUUUUUUGUCAGUCUCUCCAUAAAAUAUUUGCAUGUCACAAAUAUAAUAUUUUUGUUUGUGUUUAACACAAUAUACAUGAUGGAGUCGGGUAAUAAAUGUAUAAUAUAAAUAUUGAGUGAGAGCAAAUUUACGAGUAGAAUUUAAACAAAUACAUAUAUAAAUAUUAUGAAAAAUAUUUAUAUAUGUAUCUGUUUAUAUUCAAAAAUUUUUCCCACUCAAUAUUUAUUUUAUACAUUUAUUACCCGACUGCGUCAGAAAGAGGAGGUAAUGGUGAUAUCGUUUUAUUAUUGACAUCACAAUGAUAUUAUAAAGGCAAAAGUUUGUGUGUAUGUAAGUGUGUAUGUUUGUUUCUCUUUUACGCUGCGGCUACUGAAACGAUUUGGCUGAAAUUUUAAACGGAAAUAGAUUUCACUCUGUAUUAUCAAAAAUCCCGGAAAAAAACCAUGGUUCCCGCGCGAUUUGUGAAAAAUUGAAUAGUUACAUAUUAUAAUUAGAUGAAAGAUAUAUAAACCGAAUCAAAUAAGUAAAGGACCUGGCGGACAUUUUUCUGUUAAUAUUCUGUAAUAUUCAUUUUAAUCCGUUUCAUUGGUAACAAUGUUAUUGUCUACAUUAUUGUCGAACGUUUUAGAGACUUCAAUAAAGAUUUUAAAUGUA